GCUUGUUUUGCUGCCUUGCCUCUGCCAACUCUGGAGCUGCAGGCUGGUGUCUGACAAUAAUAAUCAUUUCAGACGUUACCAUUCGUGCAAUUGCGAGCUGCGAUUGAAUCUCUCACGAAACCAGAGAGACCAGACCACACAGCUGCACACUGCUGCCUCUGCACUGUGCACACUCGGCCUGCGCGUCGCUGGAUCCGGCAUCGCUGGGGCAGAUUCGCUGCGUCGCUGCACCACUGCUCGCGCACCACUGCCAGCUGCACUGCCACUGCUCACUGCUGCUCUACUGCUAGCUGCAUCGUGAUCGCUGCAUCGUGAUCGCUGCAUCGCCGCUGCACGAAAGUCGCACAAAGAAAUGGCCGCACAAACCACCGCCGAAGCGCUCGCCGCCGACUUCGCCGCCGCGAUCGCCCGUGGCGAGCCCUGCUACGCCGCCGGCGCGGCCGCUGGCCGCUUCGAGCUGUCGUCGUUCCUAGAAAUAGCGCAAACUGACGACGGAUGCAUGUGCAGCGCGACCAUCCCGGCGGAGGGAGGCGUCUACGCCGGCGGCGCGGCGCGGCGCGACGUGCAGCUCCCGCUCGCCGCGAUCCUUGCCGCCGCCGCGUCGCGCGAGGCCACGCACGGCGAUUUGUACGCGAUGCAAGUCCCGCUCGACGGCUCGGGCCCGCUGCGGCGGGCGAUGGCCCGCGCGGCCGCGGCCGCCGUGCCUUUUUGGGCCGUGGCGGCGAAGGCCGCCGCGACCGCGGCCGCCGACGGCGGCGGCGACGCGUCGCUCCAGGUCUGGAUCGGCGGCCGGGCGCCGACCACCACGACGGCGCACUACGACGGCCUCGAGAACUUCAUGGUCGUCACGCGCGGCCGCAAGACCGUCGACCUCUGGCCGCCGGGCUGCCCGAAGCUCGCGCGCUCGGCGCCGGCCUGGGCGUAUCGAGCGGCCGCGGCGCCGCCGCGGCCGGCGGUCUCCUUCACGCUCGAAGCGGGCGACUGCGCGUACUGGCCCGAGGGCUGGUGGCACCGCGUGCGCUCCGACGCGUGGACUAUCGCCGUCAACGUGUGGUGGCCGGGCGUGCGGCCGCAGCUCGUCGCGCUGCCGGCGCCGCGCGCCGCGUUCGCUCUGCGGACGCUCGCGCACCGCGUCGUCGAGCUGCGGCUCGCGGCGGUCGUUGCCGACGCCGCCACGUACGUCGUCGACGACGAGUCGACGCGCGCCGAAGCACUUCGGCGCGGCGCGCUGCCGCCGCGGCUCUUCCGCGGGCCGGCCGUCGACGCGCUGUCCGUCUCAUCGCUCGCGGACCGCUACGGCGCGGACGCGUGGAGUCGGGCGCUGGAGGCCGUCGACGGCCGCGGCGCGCACGUCCUCGAGGCCGUUCAGGGCGCCGCCGUCCUCGACGCGCUCUUUACGGGCGACGACGCCGCGCGAGCCCGCUUCGACGCGAAGCGCGAGGAGUUUUGCGCUGGCGAGCUGCGGCGGGCGGUUUGUGAUGCUUGUGGGGUGGGGAGGUAAAUGUGCCCUUUGUAAAACGGGUUUAGGUGCUCGGAAUAGGGUUGUUGUUAUGGUGCUAGGAGCGGCUUUCGCUAGCGGCGUGUACAUACUAGCAAGCAAGCAAGCAAGCCUGGGCCGCGCCAAGCCGCGCCGCCAUCCGCACGUGCGGAUUAUUUGCACACGGCAAGAGGCGUAAAGCGCCGCCUGCAUCGCCCCACUGGCCCACGACGCCUUGCGAGUCGUGGCAAAUCAUUUAUCAUUUGAAAAAGUGAGCCUUCCACGGUCUGCACGCGCGCCGUAAGCGCCGAGCCGCCGCAAGUCCACAAUGCCGCAAGGCGACGGCGAACAGUACCUUGAGCCGGAGCAUCAUCAGGCGCUGCAGGAUCUCCGCAAGGGCGGCCUCACGUACCGCCUCGACCCGGGCGUCACGUUUUUCUCGAUCGACGAGAUCGAGCGGCGCGUGAAGGCGAUGUGCGCGGCGCGCGCGCGGCGCCUCGGCUCGGACGUCUUUGUUCCGGCCGGCGCGAAGCGGGGCUGGGAGGUGCGCGCCGUUGCUACGAUGGCGUCGGACGCGCGCGCGGUCGCGGCGUGGCGGCGCGAUCGCGGCGAGGCCGUCGAGGACGAGGACGAGGAAGAAGCGGCGGUCGACGAGCACGACCGCCAGACCGCGGCGCGCGAGCGGGCGGCGCGCUGUGUGGAAAUCAAAUGGAAGGCGUCCCGCGCCAUCGACGCGACGCGUCGUCGUAGACUGCUCGAUGGCGUGGCGGAUAACACGUAUUCACACAGGCGGAGCGGCGGGCGAAGAAACGCGCCGAGCGCGCGGAGGAGGCACGCGUCGCGGACCUGCGCGAACGGUCCGAGCGCCGCGCGCGGCGCGUGAUGCCGGCGGCGCCGACGCGGCGGCGGCGGCCUCGCGUCGGCACGCGCGUCAGCGCGUUUUACUGGGCGUGGCGGUGUCCCAUCCCGGCGACGGUCGUCGAAGUGCGCGACGACGUGGUCGUCGUCGAGUACUACGACGGCGACCGCGGCGAGGUGUCGGCGGACCUGGUGCGCUCGCUGGAGCGCGCCGAGAGUUAUUCGCGGGGCGAGCGCGUCUCUGCGUUUUACGGGCCGGAUCAGUGCUACUAUCCCGCCGUCGUCGCGUCUUCGCGGCUCGACGACGGCCGCUACAAGGUCGACUACGUCGGCGAGAACUAUAGUGACGUGCUGCCGCCGCAGCUUCUCCGCGCGGCUCCGCGGCCGCGGCCGCCUCCUCCGCCGCGCCGGCCAUCGCCAGCGCCUCCGCCGCCGCGCCGGCGGCCGCCGCGGCGGACGGCUCCUCCGGCGCCUCCGCCUCCACGGCGGCGGCCGCCGCGACGGACGGCUGCUCCGGCGCCUCCGCCUCCUCCGCGGCGCACGCGGCGCAAGCGGGAUUGA